AUGGGGGAAUGGACUAUUCUAGAGAGGCUACUGGAAGCUGCCGUGCAGCAGCACUCUACUAUGAUAGGGAGGAUCCUGCUGACCGUGGUGGUGAUCUUCAGGAUCCUCAUUGUGGCCAUUGUAGGGGAGACGGUGUACGAUGACGAGCAAACUAUGUUUGUCUGUAAUACGCUGCAGCCAGGCUGCAAUCAGGCUUGUUACGACCAGGCUUUCCCUAUUUCUCACAUAAGGUACUGGGUGUUCCAGAUCAUCAUGGUGUGCACUCCCAGCUUGUGCUUCAUAACGUACUCUGUUCACCAGUCUGCUAAGCAGAGGGAACGGAGGUACUCCACUGUCUUCCUCACCUUGGAGAGAGACCAGGAUUCAAUGAAGCGUGAGGAUAGUAAGAAAAUCAAGAACACAAUUGUCAAUGGGGUGCUGCAGAACACUGAGAACUCCACCAAAGAGGCAGAACCAGACUGCUUAGAAGUGAAGGAGAUCCCCAAUCCUGCAAUCAGAACUACAAAAUCAAAGAUGAGGAGGCAAGAAGGCAUUUCUCGAUUUUAUAUCAUCCAAGUGGUCUUUCGAAAUGCCCUAGAGAUUGGAUUCUUAGUGGGGCAGUAUUUUCUGUAUGGAUUCAAUGUCCCUUCCAUGUAUGAAUGUGACAGAUACCCUUGCAUUAAAGAAGUAGAGUGCUAUGUCUCUAGACCCACUGAGAAGACUGUGUUCUUGGUAUUCAUGUUUGCUGUCAGUGGCAUUUGUGUGGUGCUCAAUUUGGCAGAACUGAACCACUUGGGCUGGAGAAAGAUCAAAAUGGCAGUGAGAGGAGUACAGGCAAAAAGGAAAUCCAUAUACGAAAUCAGAAAUAAGGACCUGCCAAGAAUGAGCAUGCCUAACUUUGGCAGGACUCAGUCAAGUGACUCAGCUUAUGUGUGA